AAGGGCUUCGUCUCACUGUGCCAGCGCCACCUGCUAAAAAAAUAGCGUGAAAUUUGCGUCUUUUGCGCUAUUAUUUUCGCUCGGCAGGAUGUCUUUCCCUUCCUCUUUUGGUACGCAGGUCGGAGCCAUCAUGGAUGUGUUAGCGAAAGCUGCAGUUGCAGAGAUAACGAAGCUGGUGGAGGACGGGAAUGUGGUUCUGCGCCUGGAGAUGUGUCGGAAGGACAGUGAGAUUCAGGAGCUCAAAAGAAGUUUGAAGCUGAUGGAGGUUGAACUUUGCAAAGCUCAAGAUGCAGCCAUUACUCGAGCUCCAGAGGACAAACACGAGCAAACAACAGCUGGGAGCCAGCUUAAAGAUGAAAAAGACCCCUAUCUGGAACCAACGACUGCUGAUUCACUCUGCGAGUCUCAACACGGGACAGAAGAGAGCCAUGACAUGAGGCCAGCAGUGAAACAUGAGCCAGCAGAUGAACAUGCAGUCCAGGAAACAACAGAAAACAAUGCAAAAGCAGCCACGGCUGAUGUUUGCUUUGACACAGGAGAGCGAGAUGACCCAGUCUGGCCUCCUGGUGCUUGUUGCAUGUUUGAGAAAAGCUCUGUACCAAUGCAGCAGCACAUACAGAUCUUCCCCUCUCACACUGAGCAGUUUUCUGCUCACAGAAAUACAGAAACUUCAUAUGACUCUUCAUCAGCUGCUACAGAGAAAAUCACGGAUGAUUCCUUAAGUGUGCCAGUAAAAGUGGAGGUAGAGAUUCGACCAAUGUGCAUGGGAAGUGCCCCUUCAGAGUCUGUUCGUGAUGAAGCAUUUAGACAUGUUUCACACUCUGCAGUUAGUCACGACCAGUGCUUGCAGCCUGCUUCGCAACAGGCCGGGCCGUCACUAGCCCUGCCUCGUGUGCAGAGGUCCACAGCAGGCGCAGAAGAUCACAUCCUCAGUAGAAACAAUCUGAGAGCAAAAAGGCUGCUGAAUGUGUGGAGAACAAAUCAGAAACUCUUCAUCUGCUCUGUGUGCAACAAGGGUUUCCCCCGCUUGUCUCAGCUGGAGGAGCACAAGGCCACCCACCAACCCUUUAAACCUUUUAGGUGCCUUGAAUGUGGGAAGUCUUUCACCCAAAAGACCCGACUGAAGACGCACCAGAGCGUGCACACGGGAGAGAGGCCGUUUAGUUGUAAAAUCUGUGGCAAGAUGUUUUCGAGGCAGGACAACUGUCUGAGACACGAGCGGUUCCACAGCGGCCUGAAGCCGUACAGCUGUGGGCAGUGUGGUAAAAGCUUCACAGUGCUAGGCAAUCUUAAAAUACAUCAAGAGAUUCACCUGCAAGGAAGGUAGCGCUCAGAUCCUGAGGCUCCCAGCGGUACUAAGACUGAAGCGAAUUUGCACAAACCUUAAUUUAUCUUAUCAGUGUACUUUGAUAGUUUUAAUGCUUUCAGUGCAGUUUCAUGGGAAAAGACAGGGGUGCUGUUCAAAGCACCGUGUACCUUCUUGUAGUGGUGGAAAUGUAUUUUUCUCACAGUCAGAAGUGGGUAAUGCAUCUAUUCAUUAUCAUGUAUCUCUGUAAACAUCAUGUGAGAUUGUUUGCUGCUAGUCAACAGUUACUUUUACAUCAACAAUACAAUAAGAUUUUUGAAAUAUGCUGCUACAGACUGCCGAAAAUGACGGUUUCAUUUUGACUUUCCUUUGAUUUGGCAGAUCAUCUUGACCGUUUGAAAGAUUUUGUUGUUUUUUUUGUAAAUUCCCUGGGACAGAAACUUUGAGAAAAUAUUUAUUGAUACAAUAACCAGAUGGGGAUGUCUGUUCUGGUUAAUCCAGUAAAAGAAACAAUAAAAACACAUCAUCACUUUGAUGCAAGAGUCAUAUGAAAUUCCCAUAAUGGUCUAAACUGUGGUUUCACAGGUCUGCGUCAGGACUGCUACAGCAAUAAAAAAACAAAAUUCUGUGACACAAAAGAAAAUUUUGGGGACCUUUCUUUCUGUUUUUUCUUUUUAAUGUGAAAUACUGAAUAGCUUUACCUCUUCAGCCCUGCCAGUUAUUCAAAUUAAACAGAAGGAAAUAUCGCUCACAAAGUCACAGACAUGGAAAUAGGGACAACAUGAGCUUGCGCGUCAUAUUAAGGGCAACAGGUUGGGGAUCACUGGUCAAACAGGUUUCUUUUAUUAUCAUUAUCAUUAUCAUUAUCAUUAACAUGACCAAACCAAAUAUAUAUAAAGUAUAUUUCUCAAUGUUUUUAUAAAAUUAGAAUAAAAAGGUUAUUAAGUAUCUAAGCUAUAUAUGGAUUUUUCAGAAUAAGAGACGGUCAUCUGCUGAUAAGCGUUCACCACUUCCUCAUCCAGCUCAUUUUACA